AUGUACACUGAAGACUUACGCAAGCAAAUAAUGAGUAUAUACAAACAUUGCAAAUGGAUCAGAGCGUUUCAUGCUAGCAGAUUUUCCCUUGAAGAGAAACGUCACCAGAAAAAAAGUCUCCAGAGGAAAAUUCUGGAAAGAAUUCUUAGACCCAAGGGCGAAAAUACUGUUAGGAAAUCGGGAUUCAAAUUGUGGUCAAGUCAUUUGAAUAAUUCAAAGAAGACUUAUGAGCGGUUAGAAGAACUGCAGAAGCGUAUUAUGGACCAGGUACAUGUGGAAGGUCUCAAAAAAAACGACAAGUUAUUCAAUGAAUUAAAUCAAUGGCAUUUCCAAAACGAAAAGGCGAGUACCGUUCUAACACCGACAUUGUUGAUACAUGGAUAUGCUGCUUCUUCAAUGUCUUACUUCAGAAAUUACCCCGGUCUGUCUAAACACAUCCGAGACCUAUAUUCAAUAGAUCUACCAGCCAGCGGAUUAUCCUCAAUACCGUCGUUAGAAAUCAAUGCGACGACGCCUUUGCCGUUAGAUAUCAAGUUUAUCGGAAAGAAUAAGUUCAAAAUUCCGUACACAAUAAAUGCAAACCAUCAUAAAUUUGUGAUCCAAAUGUUUGAAGAUUUCUAUCUCGAUAGAAUUGAACAAUGGCGCAUUGAUAAUAAACUGGGCAAGAUGAAUAUCGUGGGACAUUCUUUCGGUGCAUAUUUAUCGUUUAAAUAUGCAGUGAAAUACCCAAACUCGGUAGAAAAGUUAUGCUUGGUAUCGCCAUUAGGAGUAGAAAGGAACAUAUGGUCGGUAAAUAACAAUUUUCGCUCCAAUAGUCCUUAUACUAUUGACUUCGAAAAUCCAAGUUCCAAAUUUUACUCCAAAAGAAACAUAAUCCCAAGAUAUUUAUUCCAGCAGCAAUUUCAAAUUUUAAGAAUGAUGGGCCCAUUAGGAGCUAAAUUAUGCUGGAAUUAUAUACUGGCAGCAUACAGCCGAGUCCCAUCAUUAGCAUACAAGGAAUACAUCUUUGAGUUAUUCUACGGUAAGGGGGGAAUACCGGCGGUUACAACAGAAAUCUUUGAAGGGUUAUUCUCAAGAAGCAUUUUAGCCAGGGAUCCCUUAAUGGAUUCCCUGAAUAGCUUAAAUGUAAGAAAAUUAUUGGUAGUAUACGGACAAUAUGAUUGGAUGAACAAAAAUGCAGGUAUGCUCAUGGUAAAGGAGUUGAAUAAUUUGGGCGACCAUUUUGAAAAAGCAACUUAUACAGAGAUACCAUUUUCUGGCCACAACCUUUUCUUGGACAAUCCGGAAUCGUUUAAUCAAUCUAUAGUGUCAUUUUUAUCGGAAGAACCUGAGUUGCGUUGA